AUGGACAUACAAUCAGACACAACAACAAUAAUCGAUGACGAGAAUUUAGCACUACUCAACUCUGACAAUGGUUCACAUGUUUCUAUUAGAUCAGGAUCACAAAUGUCAUGGAUCAUGGCUGCUGGUCUUAUUGUCAAUGCAGCAAUGGGUGCUGGUUUGCUCAAUAUUGCAAAAGCAUAUGAUGAUGCAGGUGGAAUACUCGUCAGUUCUGUUCUACAUGGAAUAGUUGUUUUGUUAGUUCUUGGUGCUUACGCUAUUCUAUUCGUAUGUUGUGAUCCAUCUACUCCAUCCUAUGAAACAUUUGUUCUAAUGAAAUGCGGUAAAAUUUGGCAACGAAUCUGUUCUGUUUGCAUCAUAUUAUACAUGUAUGGCCUGAGUAUAACUUUCUUUAUUAUCAUUGGAGAUCAAUUAGAUCGAUUUCUGUCGUUUAUUGAUCCACUAUUUUGUCGGCAUUGGUAUUUUGAUCGUCGAUUAACAAUACCAUUAACAUCAUUAUUAUUCAUAUUCCCAUUUUGUUUUUCAAAAACAAUUAAAUUUCUUCAAAUUCCAAGUAUGUUAGGUGUAUUGGCCAUUAUUUAUGUUGUUAUUAUUGUACCUAUUGAAUAUGUUCAAAGAAAAUCUUCUGAUGUUAUUGUUAAAACAGGACCUGAUUCAUGGACUGAUGUUUUUCUCGUUUUACCAACAAUGUGUUUCAGUUAUCAAGCACAUGUCAACGCUGUUCCUGUCUUCGUUUCCUUGAAAUCUCGUGCUGAUUGUAUUAAAGCAACAUUAUUGUCGACAAUUGUUCUCAUACUUAGUUACUGUUUAGUCGCUAUUUAUGGCUAUUUGACAUUUGGUAUUAAAGUUGAUCAUGAUAUUCUCAUGUCAUACCAUCCUAUAUCUGCAAUUGUACUUAUUGCUAUUAUCAUGGUUGCAAUUAAAACCUAUACGGCUUAUCCGGUGAAUUUAUUUUGCGGAAGAACGGCAAUUGAUUCUUUGUCCAAUGAAACAACAGCAUCAAUUAUUGCCACAGAUGUAGAACACUCGACGAAACGUCGAAUUUUAAUUGUUUGUCUUUGGUAUUUCUCAACAUUGACUGCAGCAGUCUUCUUACCGAAUAUUUCUGUCGCGAUUCAUUAUCUGGGCGCAUUAGCAGCUAGUUUCAUUUUCAUAUUUCCAGGUCUUUGUCUAUACUUUCACGUUGAGCAAAAUUGGAUAAAUUCAUGGGAGAACAUCAUUUCGAUCUCCAUUGGAAUACUGUAUGUCGCCAUCGGAGUGUUUGUUACUGUGUUAACAUUAUUACAAUCAUUAAUGGCAGAUAUUAGUGGCGAAGAGCGAAGCACAAGUCGAACAUGUUGA